GUUCAUUGAGAAGGGUCUAAGCGCCGAGUACAGGCGUAAUAUUAUUACGUGCAUUUAAUAAUAAACAAUGAGUGAAAAUCAAGUAAACAACCCAAAGCGACGUGCCCCAGGGUCUGAAAAUAAAAAGAAUGAAAUGAAACGACUGAAAUAUAGUGGUCUGGCAUAUCACAAUCGAAGUAACAAGGAUAUUGCUGCUAAGAAGGCGCCAAGUUUUGAGGUAUUUUGUAAAUGUAAAUAUGAGUGCAGAAAAUUGCCCUAUGAGCAAAAAAUAUUUUUAUUUGAAGAUUAUUAUAAAAUAGCUAAUCAUGUGAAGCAAAAAUCUUAUCUGUUGGGACUCAUACAAAUUGGCAGUGUAAAAAGAAGACGUCACGGAAAAUAUGAAUCUGCAGAACAAAGUCGUCGACAAGCUACUGCAUGGUACACGGUUCCAAACGGAAAUGGCCAGCAUGUGCAGGUUUGCCGUCAAACAUUUCCAAACAUUUUUGCCCUAUCACACAAGGCAGUGCAAGUUUUAACAGAAAAAAAAAGUUGGGAGAAACAGUGUAUACAGAUAAAAGAGGCAAGUCAAAUGAACCAAGAAAGUAUACAACAGCGAUAA